AUGAAGGAGUACCGCGACGUCGUAGUAAAGUUGUUUGCGAGAGGUGAGCGACCCGGCGACAUAUUCCGUCGGUUGAAAUCACACGGGGUGAAGCGGGAUUUCAUCUAUUACACCAUCCGUCGGUACCGGGAGACGGGCUCGACCAAGUACCGUGUGAAAUCCGGGCGGCCGCGUUCGGCGAGAACGCCAGCAGCCAUCAAGGUGGUGAGGGAGCGGAUUCGUAGAAAUAUGAACCGCUCGAUCAGGAAGACUGCUGCUGACCUGAAUGUGUCGAUCAGGACUGCUCACAACAUCAUGACGAAGGACCUGGGAUACAAGCCUUACAAGAAACGCAAGGUUCACGGGCUAACGGAGGCUACAACGAAAAAGAGGCUGGACAGAAGCAAACUGAUACUUUCGCGGCACGCAGGUCAGGAGUUUGUGUUUUCUGACGAGAAACUUUUUGUCUUGCAACAGCCACACAAUGCCCAAAAUGAUCGACUGUGGGCGCCGACGCUGGCCAGCAUCCCUCCGUCCCAGAUAAACAUCCCACGGUUCCAGAGCGCCGCUUCUGUGAUGGUUUGGGGGGCCGUAUCCAGGCGUGGGAAGCUCCCACUGGUGUUUAUCGAGAAAAACGUGAAAAUCAACGCCGCGUAUUAUAAGACCGAGGUUCUGGAGAAGGUUGUGGCCCCGGGUCUUCGGGGCCUCUACGGGAACGACCAUUACGUCUUUCAACAGGACGGCGCACCGGCCCACACGGCAAAUAUCGUCCAAGCAUGGUGUCGGGAGAAUUUGACCGAUUUUCUCGAUAAGACUUUGUGGCCUCCCAGUUCCCCGGACCCUAAUCCCCUGGACUUUUAUGUAUGGUCGUACAUGCUGGCCAAGCAGAGUGAACAUCGAGUGAGCACUAUGGACCAAUUUAAGAAGCUCAUUUCCAAGAUCUGGGACGAGAUGCCGAUGGAUCAGGUGCGUGCCGCGUGCGAUUCUUUUUAG